AUGGGACGUUGCCAUGGCAGGACAAAGUAUGAAAGGGUAUAAAAAGAGGGACAGUCGAUGAAUGCGGUCUCAGUCAGGAAAUACGACGGAGAAACCGGCGAGGCUGCAGUGCUGAACAGAACAAUGAAGUUGUUGGUCUUGGCUUUAAGCGUAGCCCUGCUGUUUGCAGCUGGUGAAUCCCUGGACUGCCACUACUGCCUCCCGAAAACCGCCGGGGGAACCUGCGAGCCGACUGUAGAGACAUGUAAACCAGGGAAGGACGGCUGCGCUGCUGCCAGAUUCCUCAGAGCACCAUUUGGGCACUACCAGAAGUGCAUGGCUCUCUCCGACUGCCAAAUGCUGAAGAUGAACGCCUACAUUAACAUCAACUGCUGCAGCGAAGAUAUGUGCAACACCCUAUAAGAAUUCAUCAAAAUAAAAAAAUAAAAAAUAAAAAAAAA